UAUUCAUCCGUAGCGAGCUCACAUCACAGCUGCUUCUUGUCGUAUAUGCUCUCGGCUUGCUCCUGAACAUCCGUGCAGUCUUCAGCUUCUUCCUUAUCCUGUCAUCAUGGCGUCCAAGCCGGCCACUCUGCAGGUGCGCCCUCGAGGCAAACCGAUCAAGUCACUGCCCGAGACUCUCGAAUUAGGCCCCAAUGCCACCGCUGCCGACAUUUACUCUGAACUUGCACAUCGAAGCAAUUUUCCCAUCCAUCAGUUGCGUGUCACCAAAGGAUCCGACGGCAGUGUCGUCCCCAAUGCAAAAGACACAACAGUCCAUGACACUGGCUUGCGAGAUCAAAGCACGAUAUAUGUCAAAGAUUUGGGAACACAAAUUGGAUGGCGAACAGUCUUCAUCAUCGAGUAUCUUGGACCGAUCAUAAUACAUCCUCUGUGGCUAGCCAUUCGACCAUACAUCUACCCCUCGGCGCCUAAGAAUGCAUCCCGAGUACAGACACUAUUAUGCUGGCUUAUCUGUCUGCAUUUUGUCAAGCGAGAGCUGGAGACACUGUUCGUUCAUCGAUUCUCGGCUGCCACUAUGCCGUUCAGGAACGUUUUCAAGAACAGUUUCCACUACUGGGCUCUUUCCGGAGCCCUGAUCGCAGCCUUCAUUUACUCACCAUCAUCUACGGCCGCACAAGAUCCGAAUCCUUUGUUCUUGUAUCCAGGAUUGGCUCUUUUCACCAUCGGAGAGCUUGGAAAUCUUCAGUCCCAUCUCACUCUAAUGGGGCUUCGGUCCUCGGGAGGAUCAGAACGCGGAAUACCCCAGGGUCCUUUCUUUAGCCUCGUCACCUGUCCAAACUACCUUUUCGAGGCCAUAUCAUGGAUCGGCGUAUAUCUUGUCAGCGGUCUGAGCUGGGGUGUUCUAAUUUUCACCAUCGUCAGUGUGGCCCAGAUGGCGCAAUGGGCAAAAAAGAAGGAGCGGAGGUAUCGCAAAGAAUUUGGUGACAAGUACAAGAAGAAGCGAUACACUAUGUUGCCGGGCAUAUGGUAGAAGGGGACGGUCUGGCUAGCUGGAUGAUAGCUUUUUAUGUUGCCGGGCAUAUGGUAGAAGGGGACGGUCUGGCUAGCUGGAUGAUAGCUUU